UUAAUUUUGUUUUUUUUUUUUUUUUCAGUACCCUUGGCAGAGAGGAAACUGCUGGAUGUUAAGAUCGGUGAGCUGCCCAACUGGGUUGCAACUUGUAAUUUCACUCCAAAUGGAAUUCUGUCUGGUGUGAGAAGGGGUUAUGAUCGAUAUUAUAACAAAUACAUCAAUGUUAGAAAGGGGGGCAUUGGAGGCAUUGCCAUGGUACUUAUUGGGUAUAUAACUGUGAGCUACAUCUGGCAAUAUGAUCACAUCAGUAAGUGUUGUUGCAUCUAUUUAUACUAG